GAGAAAGGGGCCUUGUGAAUAUAAUGUCCCUACAUAGACAAGUUGCCACUCCCAUACCACCAAUACUACUGUUAAUCUCUGUGUCUCAGGCUGAUCAUGCCCUGCCAAAGCAGCAGCAUUCUAAGAUGUUCAAUUAAUGCAAGGGAAUGCAAACCCCCUAAUCUGGCUUCCAUCUCCUUCCCAUGUUAUAUUUGCCUUCUCACUGGACUCACAAGUACUCCACUCCCUCUCUUAACUUCACAACCUCUCCCUGCUGCUUGAAAUGCUCACCUCCUUGAAUUCGCAUAGAGAUGAAGAAGAAGGCACGCACCACCACCACCCCAACCACCAAAUCCUACCACAUGGACUGAUCGCACCAUCAACCCAUUCAUGCCAAUUGCUGAUCAGCUGCGCCGAACUCAUCCACCGCGCCGACUACUCGGCUGCCCGCCGCAUCCUCUCCCUCCUCUCCACCAUCUGCUCUCCCCACGGCGACUCCACAGACCGCCUUGUCCACCAAUUCGCUCGUGCCCUCUCGCUCCGCAUCGAUCGCGUCCUCACCCAUCUCAUCUCCUCCUCAAUGUUCUCAUCCAAUGAGGACACCAUCCAGUCCUCCUCCUACCUCUCCCUGAACAAAGUCACUCCCUUCCUCCGCUUUGCUCACCUAACCGCCAACCAGGCCAUUCUCGAGGCCAUCGAUGGCCGCCGAUCCAUCCACAUCCUCGACUUCGAUACCUCACAUGGUGUGCAAUGGCCUCCUUUCUUACAAGCCAUGGCUGAGCGCUCCGACCCCUCCAGUCUACAGUCCAUCCGCAUCACCGGUACCGGAACCGACCUUGAUGUCCUCCACCGAACCGGUGACCGCCUCCAAGCAUUCGCCAACUCUUUAGGCCUCAGAUUCCAAUUCCACCCCCUUUACCUCCCUACCACCAAUCCUGAUGCUACUACCACCAGUCUGAAUUCUUCUUUCCAACUGCACCCGGGCGAGACUCUGGCUGUGAAUUGCAUACUGUUCUUGCAUAAGCUUCUCAGGGACAGAACCGGUGACGAUCCUGCAUGCAAGCUCGUUGCUUUCCUCCAUGCGGUCAAGGCGAUGAACCCAGUGGUGGUGACGGUUGCCGAGAGGGAGGCCACCCACAACUCGCCAGUAUUCUUGCGAAGAUUCAUGGAGGCCUUGGAUCACUACACAGCGGUUUUCGAGUCCUUGGAGGCUACACUGCCUCCCAAGAGCCCGGAGCGGCUCGAGGUGGAGCAAGUGUGGCUCGGGAGGGAGAUCGAAGACAUAGUUGGCAGGGAGGGGGAAGGGAGGAAGGAGCGGCACGAGCGGUUUGAAUGGUGGGAGGGUCUGAUGAGGGAUAGGGGGUUUUCGAGCCUCCCGCUGAGCCCAUUUGCACUGUCUCAGGCAAAACUGCUACUCCGGCUGCACUACCCUUCGGAGGGUUACCAGCUUCAGAUGUCAAAGAACUCCUUGUUCCUGGGUUGGCAGCAUAAACCCCUCUUCUCGGUCUCUUCUUGGCACUGAUCAUGCAGCAAUUCCAGGAAGAAACCCAGCUGAUCUACUUCAUUUUCUUUGGUGAGUGUUGCUUCUUUUGAUCAAAUGGGGUUUUCACAUGGAAAACAAAAACCCAACUAGAAAUGAAGGCCCAAAAGUGUAGAGAGAUACUCAUAUAUAGGUUGAUAUGGUAUAUAUGGGAGGUCUUUACUCCAAACCUAAA